GAACAAGCUCCUUGCUUUUGAAACUCUGGCGAAAAGUUUUAUUUUUUUGAGCCAGAAUGUGAAAUUGGCAACUGUGUGGCGCGCAAUUUUAGAUUUGCAUUUGUAUGUUUUAGUCCGUGGUUUUAGUGAAUGAUGCUUUCGUCAAAAUAAACUCUUAAAAUUUUCUCCUCAUUGGUUUAUUGAUUUUGUUUCCUUAAGGCCUAUUUAGAUAUAAAUCUUCUAAGGAGGAAAAUGCAUGUUCAGUCUUACAGGCCUAGAGUUCUUGAAUGGAAUAUCUAUAACUAUUCUCGUGUGGAUGCAGUGCAUUAUUCAUUAUUGCUUAAGAAGAGGCGGAAGUUUCAUGAAGUAGUUGAUGCUCAGAGAUUUCAAGUAGAAAAGCAUCAUAAUGUUAACUGUUGUAACAUUGUGGAUGAGCAAACACUUUCUUCAAUAAAACAGAGGAAAUCUAUUCUUAUAUGUUUUGUUGAUGAAACUGAAACAAAUACAUUUUUAGGAAUGAAUAUUUUGGUAGCUGAAGAGAAUCAAUUAGAAAUACGUAAUAAGAUUUUAACUCUAAAAUGUAAUCCUGAUAUUUCAUUUCAGUUAUGCAAAGAUAGCAUAUAUGUUUGGUGUGUUAAGAAUGUUGCCUGGAAUUUGUUUUAUAUUUUAUACAAACACUUUCUAAAGAGUCCUGCAGUGACUACAUUUGGUGCAGUAUUCUAUUAUGCUAUCGCAAGUCAGUACUUAAUGUGGAAUGAACAGAAUAUGUUAUAUCUUACAGGGAAAAAUUCUGACAAUGUGAAAAAUGUGUACGAUAUUCACGAAAUGCAAACAAAUAAAUUCCAUACAGCAUCAGAAAUAAUGGUUAGGGAAAAGAAUAGCAAAAAAGGUUUAAAACGGAAAAUAGAAUAUGAAGGGAAGAGUUAUAAAAUCUCGAAGCAUAAUUCUGGCGAUUUUUUGGGCUGUGUUAAAAGUGUAUGUUCAGCUUCCUGUAGAAAUAACAAAUGGAAUAUAUUUGGAGAACUAAAGCAUUAUUUUCCAAAUAGUUAUUCGGAUAUAUUAUUGAGAAGGAUGCAUUCCAAUGUAUCGGAAGUUACCUCCAAUCUGAAAAAUUUUUCAGAUGUACUUGAGAUUUCACCAUCUAUUAAGAAGGCAGAGAAAGAUAACUGCAAAGUUCCGAUUGUGAGUAAGAGUGAAAUAUCAAUGAAUAGAAGACCUCAUGAAUAUAAAUUAGCAUUGAAACUGCCUCCAAAAAUUAAUGUAGCUAAGACAUCUACUUCUCCCUCCAGAAGUGCACAUAAAUUUCCUUUACGUAGUGACAAUCAAAAGAAUGAAACAUGUAUAAUGGAAAAUAUUUGCUUCAGUAAAUCUAUGAACUCGAAUAUAAAAUCCCCGGAGAGGCAUAACAAAAUGCAAAGUUCUUUCUUGGGUUUCCAAACAGCAGCAGGAAGAAAUCUUAAUAUAUCUGAAGCUGCUUUAAAAGCUGCUAAAAAGAUGCUUGCUGAAGUAUGCUCUGAGAAAGAUGAGUUAUUUAUUGAAGAUGAAGAUCUCAAACCAUGUAGCAGUACUACUGCCAGCUUUGAAAAUAGUUUUCAGAACAAUAAAGGUACGAAGACGGUCAAAAUUACAAAACAAAAUAGUACAGAAGCAUCAGUUUGCGACACAAGUAUAAAAAAUGAUAAUUUUUCACAUGAUGAAAAUAUUGAUGAUGCAAUAACAAAAGAAAUUUUUGAGAUUCCUUUUGAUGAUGAUGAAACAAAGUCUGACUAUACACAUUCACCAUUUACUGCAUCAGAUGCCAACAGAAAUCAUGCCCCGCAUAGAAGAGUAAGAAAAAGCCUUGGUGGUCGUAGAAGUUUUAAAAUUUAUUCUAAGAGUGAUUUUUCAUCUCCAAAGCAGGCAAAAUAAUUCACCAUGCAACAUGUAAAAUACUGUUACAUAUUGUAGAUACUGUAAAAAUAUUUUAGAGCAAGGAUAUUAAUGCAAUAAAGAUUUAAAGAUUGA